AUGAAUGAGCAAAAGAUUAUAAUCAAAAAUACGAAAUCAAGCAGUAUUAUGAUAACAGUAAAGGAACAUGUGCCCAAAUCUACUGAUGAAAAAAUCAAGAUAAAGCUGAUCUCUCCGGAACUCGACAAGAAAGAUGCAAACGAGCAAAUUUUGCCCAAUUCUCAUGACUGGGAACCAACAGUUGGUGUCCGGCUGGAUCCAAAUCAUAAUCUGGAAUGGACAGUGAAACUAGAUGCAAAUCAGGAGGAACAGCUUUCUGUAAAAUGGUCCCUGGAACAUCCCAGCGGAGAGAGUGUUACCUUCCAGGAAGUGUUUUCGCAGGGCAAUCUCAACUGA